GCCGUCUCAAUCCGCGCCUCUUUGUCUAAGCGCUCAGCUUGCAAGGGCGGGCCGCUUCAAGCGAAGGCACGUUUCGUUAGGCGCCAAUGUUCAAGUUGCAGCGUAUGCGGUUCGAGCACGCGGAAACGUUUUUAUCCGUAAUUACAGACGGUCUUUUGCUCUAGCCUCUUUGACGGCUUUAUACUUUACCUUAUGCUGCUCCAAGACACGAUUCAGGACGCUCUCGACGAGCUUGCGUCUACGAGAACUUCUGUGGCUCAGAAAGGCGAUGCGUUGAACACUUUGGAACGAUUGCUUGCGGAACUGUGUACACGAGCGGAUGAAGAGUCGAGAUACUCGUUGCAGUAUUUCGUGGCUCUUCAGGAUACGUUCCAGUGCAAUGUUCCCUCGCGACUAAUCUCUUGGAUCUCGGAGUCAACUAUACGGCUGGAUGCACUUACUGCAAAGGGCUCAUUAGCUUUUGAGAAAGAAUCCGAAGUGGCAACUUUGUCGUCUCAACUGAUGCAAGCACUCUCCAUAAUUCAGGGGGUUGUUCUCAAUCAUAGCCCAAGCAAGCAAUGGCUCGGUCGUCGAUGCGCACUCGAAGUGCUCCUCAAUCUCUUCAUGGCCUCACGUCACGUUUCACCCAUGCCUUUGAAUGCUUCCAAUUCAAAUUCACCCUCAAAUUCCAACUCAAAGUCGACUGACUCUAGUUCUUCAAAGAACACCCCACUCUCGUUGUCUCUUUCAUCUGUUAUUCUCGACACCCUGCUUUGCAUUCUCGUCGACUCUUCUCCAGCGCUGCGCGUGUUCGAAGAGUCAAACGGUGUACAAUAUGUUGUAAAGAUACUCAAACGAGCAGGCACACCUCGAGAAGUAAGAAUGAAAUGUCUCGAGUUCCUCUAUUUCUAUCUAUUGGACGAAACAAAUGCACCUCUUCCACCUGCAACGUCUACCAUAUCGUCUCCGAAGGCCGCUAGCCCCAUUGCGAUACCUACUGCGCCAAAUUCUCCGGCCAACCUGUCCACCCGUUCAACGAUAGGCAGUACGGAGUUGUCCGACUCGCCUUCCUCGAGUUAUUCCUCAGCUUCCGAUAUCACCACUGCGUCCAAUUCAACGUACGCAACGUCGUUCUCUUCUUCCUCUUUCAACGGUUCCUCUAGUCCGGUGGAAUCGAAUUCCCCACCUAAAUCGGCUUCAGUUAUACCAGGUCUUAAACCCUCGCCUCGGAUCAUCACCCCGGCUUAUCCACGUUCGAUGCUUCGCAAGGACAUCGAUUUCGUCCCCAUCACCCCCAAGAAAGCACAGAUAAGCAAAUUGGGUGUUGGCACCCCUCGUCUUCCCUCAAAGCAACGAGAGGCUCUGACACCGAGAACCAACCAAGAUGAUUCUCGCACACAUCGUCGCACAGACUCUGUGCAAACUCCUCGUAAACCCUCUUCUCGACUUAGUCCUGUCAACCUCGGUCUUCUCUCUCCUCCCACUUCAAAGACCUCCGGGUUCCAGAAGGGUCACCGGCGCGCACAAAGCAGUAUUGAUACUCAAAUGCCCCUGCAGCCCCCUGCCUUUGCCCUGCCUCGCCCCUCGGGUGCACGUACUAUGGAGGAGAAAAAGGAGAUUCUGGGCGGUAUGCUCGGAAACGUCGAUGCGCUUGUUGAUGGCGUCAGAAAGGCUGGUAUAUGGGGUUUGAGUUAAGUGCCUUCGACACGUCUUCGAUUUGAUUUGAUUUUUUUUGUUUCUUCCACAUGACUCCCCAGCGGAUCAGGACAUCUUGAUUACUUUCUAUUUCUUUCCUAUCGUGAAUGUUUUCUGUGACUUUUUUCCCUCUCUCUCGCACAACGGACUGGUUCUCACACGUUCUGCUAUCGUUGCAACCCCAGCUAUUCUUGUCUCGCCCUCUCUCAUCUAUCUAUCGCUUUGCCAGUCGUCGUAGUAGUUUCGCUUUGCUAUUUAUGUACCCCGUUGUGUAGAUGAUGCUCACGAAAUGUUUACGCCGUCGAUAUCUACUCAGAUCUCCGCCCAGCCGAGUCCAGACCUGAUAAUGACUCGUCCUUGAUAAGGGAAUCGUAUCAAUGGCAUAGCAC